UUGUUUUUGAAGAGGGCCAAAAACACGGAGAGGAGAGAGAGCAGAGGAAGAGGACAUGGAGCAGCUCACAAAACUCCUCCUGUGGCAGCUUGUGCUUCAGCAAAGUUCUGUGCAUUUAUAUUCAGUCCCAGCUGAUGCCUCCAACCCAGCCAGCGUGGUAGUGUCAGUGUUAAACAUCAGUGCUGCCCUGGGCUCCCAGGCUGUGCUGCCCUGCAAGAGCCACCGCAUGGUGUGGACCCAGGACCGGCUCAACGACCGCCAGCGCGUGGUGCACUGGGACGUGCUCAGCACCUACUAUGGGGACAACAAGAUGGAGAGGCUCUGUGACAUGUACUCGGCUGGGGAGCAGCGUGUCUACAGCUCCUACAACCAGGGCAGGAUCCUCAUGCCCCAGAAUGCCUUCACAGAUGGCAACUUCUCCUUGGUGAUCAAAGGUGUUGCAGAGAGUGAUGAAGGCAUCUACUCUUGUAAUCUUCACCAUCACUACUGCCACUUGUAUGAAACUGUGAAAAUCCAACUAAGUGUCACCAAGAAAGCCGAGGCCGCCGGCGAGUACUGGGACGGGGAGAAGCCCGUGAUCGUCGCCCCGGAGGGCAGCACGGUGACGCUGCCCUGCGUCAACCGCAACCACAUCUGGACGGAGCGGCACAGCGAGGAGGAGCAGCAGGUGGUGCACUGGGACCGGCAGCCGCCGGGGGUGCCGCACGACCGCGCCGACCGCCUCAUCGACCUGUACGCCUCGGGCGAGCGCCGCUCCUACGGCCCCCAGUUCCUGCGCCGCAAGAUGAACGUCACCGGCGCCGCCUUCGCCCGGGGCGACUUCUCGCUGCGCAUCUCCCAGCUGGAGAGCGCCGACGAGGGCACCUACUCCUGCCACCUGCACCACCACUACUGCGGCCUGCACGAACGCAGGAUCUACCGAGUCUCCGUCACCGAGCCGCCCCGGGAGAAGGAGGCGGUGGUCAACCUCACCAACCGCAUCGCCCCCGCCCCCGACCCAAAUGUUGUCAGGGGCCACAAUGUCAUCAAUGUCAUCAUCCCUGAGAGCAGGAUGCACUUCUUCCAGCAGCUGGGCUACGUCCUGGCAACCCUGCUGCUCUUCAUCAUCCUCCUCAUCGUCGUCGUCCUCAUCAGCCGCAAGCGCCGGCACAGAGGUUAUGAGUACAAUGUGAAGAAAUAUGGAGAGAAGGAUGUAAACCUCAAAGAAUUUACAGUUGACACCACAGAUCUGACUCAGCACAAAAGUGAAGACCUCAGGCUGGAUUACAAAAACAACAUCCUGAAGGAGAAGGCUGAGCAGGCCAGGAGCUUCCCAGCAAAGAACAUCGACUUAGACAAAGGUAAUGAUGAUUUGCUUCACCCUAAUUGGUGGCUGCAGGAACCUUGUGAUGGGCUGAAGGAGGGAGGAGGGAGGGGACACAGUUUAGCACACAGGCGGCAGCGGGGAGGGAGCCCCCGGGGAGCCCAGCCUGGCUUCGUCCGCGGCUCCCGCAGGCGCCGGGGCCGCGCCGGGCCGUGUGCGGCCGUGUCGCCGCCGCGCCGGCAGGGGGCGCGGUGCGGAGGCGGCGGGCAGCGCGGCGGCGGCGGCAGGAGGCGGGCGGCUGCUCCUCGCGCCCCCGCCGCCCGCCCGCCUCCCCUCUCCUCCCCUCCCGCCGCUGCCCGCCGGCCCGGGGAACGGGGGGCCGGGGCGGCCCGCUGCCGAGAGCGGCGAGGGGCGGCGAGCGGCGGCCGGAGGAUGCAGGCGGGGCGGGCGGCGGCGGGCUGCCGUUCCCGGGUCGGGCAGCUAGAGAGCAGUGCAGGGAGCGAAAUCCCGGCCGAGGAGCCCCUGCGCGGCGGCGGCCGGGCGCUGGGAGCUCCCUUCCUGUCGGGGGCGGCUCUGGGCCGGAGGCCGUGA